CGCAGUGAUCCAUUAUUCUGCCCCGGUGACCCGCAGUGAUCCAUUAAUCUGCACAGUGGUUAUACGGUGUCUAUGGGCGGCCGGUGUCAUCUGAGGCACCGCUGCUGUUUCGUCUCAUCCCCCGGUCACCUUGGGAGACCUACGGCUCCACUCUGCAUUGUGUGACCUCCUAGUCUAUGUCAUAUCCCCCCUGGAGGUAUUCUCAUGGUGGGGGCAAGCUGCAAGUAAGCCACCUCAAUGGAUGCAGAGAGUGAUGUGGCAUUAGAUAUCUUGAUCACCAAUGUCGUCUGUGUUUUCCGAACAAGAUGCCAUUUAAACCUGCGAAAGAUUGCUUUAGAGGGGGUAAAUGUCAUAUACAAGCGUGAAGUUGGAAAGGUGUUGAUGAAACUCAGAAAACCCAGAAUAACUGCUACAAUCUGGUCAUCAGGAAAAAUCAUUUGUACAGGAGCAACCAGUGAAGAAGAAGCCAAGUUUGGUGCUAGAAGAUUGGCUCGAUGUUUGCAGAAGCUGGGAUUUUUGGUAAAAUUCACCGAGUUUAAAGUUGUCAAUGUACUGGCAGUGUGCACUAUGCCAUUUGAAAUAAGAUUACCAGAAUUCACUAAAAAUAACCGACCUCAUGCCAGUUAUGAGCCUGAACUUCACCCUGCCGUUUGUUAUAGAAUAAAGUCUUUAAGAUCAACACUGCAGAUAUUCUCCACCGGAAGUAUUACAGUAACAGGUCCUGAUGUGAAGUCCGUUGCUACCGCUGUAGAGCAGAUUUACCCUUGUGUAUUUGAAAGCCGGAAAGUAAUUUUGUAAAUAACCACUUCUGCAUUGAGAUUUUAGGAUCAUGCACCUUUUUUUAAGAAGAAAAGAAUAAAUCUGUAACUUGAUCAAAUAAACAGGACCAACAAAGGGACAACUGUUUUUAACUCCUCGUCUCUCACAGUGUUGAGACUCUGCAUCCAGAGACAUUUCUGUGUUUUUAGGAAAGGACUGUUUACAAGAAUUGGACCUGCUGCUUUGAAACAACUGUGCUAUUUAUUUGUGAAGUAAUUCCCUUGUCCUCUUACGGAGAGAGCUGUAAAGAUGUGCACUAAUGCAAACCCUCUGUUUGAGCUUGUGGUUUAUUUAUAGACUUUUAUUUUAAUUCAAUUUUUUUUAAUUUUUAUUUUUUAUUUUUAUUUUUUUUAUAUGGGCACCAAAGAAACUGUUAAGGUUUUCUUCUCACUCAUCGAAUGUGUUUUUAUAAAAUGUUCUGUUGUCAUAGCACAAAUGUUUUCUUUUGUCAUGUAAAUAUUUUUUAAUAAAAACUAUUGAU